CUAAAACAUGUUACGGUUAGUAAUCUAGCUUCAACCAGACGCCGGCUGCGCCCAAUAGCAUCCUAGCGUCAACAGUGCUAGUCCUGACAUGUCUCUCAGAGCCUAUUUAAAUCCGGGGGAGACGGGGAAGUAGUUCCUAAUGCUACCAGCCGAGCUGAAGCACUUUAUGUACAGAAUAUGAAGGGUGUAUUAUAGAGGGGGUAGAUAAAGAACAUCUACUCAUUAGUACUUUUAUUUAUUUAGGUGAAAGACAGAAUGGCAGAGAAUUGUGAGAGAAUGGCAGAAUGGCAUAGAAGUAGUUCCCAAAUAAAUACGUUGGACAAUGAGAAACUUGUACGACCAAAAGAGAAACUGCAUAUCUUAUUACAACAGGCAGGUGCAGACAAAGACAUUUUCACGCGUGAAAGAGUGAUAUUCUACCUGGGACAGUACAUCAUGAAGAAACAGCUUUAUGACAUGAAGCAGCAACACAUAGUGCACUGUGCUGAUGACCCACUGGGGGCUGUACUGGGAGUGGACAGCUUCUCUGUUAAAGAACCACGAGUCCUCUUCGCUAUGAUCACCACAAAAUCUCCUCGCGGUGAAAAAUCAAGAUCCCAAUCUGUCUUCACGGAACCCAGGAGCCAGAGUGAACCGGAUAGAGGGCCUAAGGUAAGAACCUCCUGUGACUCUGUGGGUCAGCCUCCUGUGACUCUGUGGGUCAGCCAUCCUGUGACUCUGUGGCCAAGCCUCCUGUACUCUGUGGCCGCCCCCUGUGACUCUUGUGGCCAGCCCCCUGUGACUCUGUGGGGGCCUCCUGCAAAUGUCACCAUCUUUGAGCAGAGGGAGGAGGACUCGUGUCCGAUGACGACAACUGAAAUCACGGAAGCAGACUACUGGAAGUGCUCACAGUGUGAGGAGUUGAACCCUCCCCUCCCCCGUAACUGCAACCGCUGCUGGACGCGAAGAAUGGAUUGGUUUCCCGAGUCCGACAGCAACUCUGCUACCACCACCACCAUAGCCCCUAACCUCAAACCCUUUCCCCCCAAGCCUUCCCCAGCCCCGACAGAGCCCGACGAGACCGAAGGACUGGAUGUCCCAGACGGGAAGAGAGCCAGGUCGCCCCUUCCCCUCCUCAAAGACUCCCAGGAUUUGGUGUCCGUCUCUGGGCCCGAUUCCCAAGACUCGGCCUGCUCCUCCCAGCCCUCCACCUCUUCUUCGAACUCCAAUGUUGUAGGCUCAUGUUCGUCCUCUAGCGCCCCCUUCAGCCAAGAAGUGAUGGCYCCGGACUUGGAGCGUUUCAACAGCCUGGAGGCUCACCUCCCCGCCAGCUGCCUGGAACCCUGCGUCAUCUGUCAGACCAGGCCCAAGAACGGCUGCAUCGUCCACGGACGCACCGGACACCUCAUGGCCUGUUACACCUGCGCCAGGAAACUGAAGAAGAGGAACAAGCUGUGUCCUGUCUGCAGGGAGCCUAUCCAGUCUGUCGUCUUAAUUUAUCUCAGCUGAGGACGGCCAUCGGCUAAGACUSUACAUUCCAAAUAGCGGUCUAUUCCCUAUGUAGUGCACUACUUUCAACCAUGGCCCCAUAGGACUCUGGUCUAAAGUAGUGCACUACAUAGGGAAUAGGAUGUAACCCAAAGCUACACAACUCCCUGAUCGUAAAAAAAACUUAAAUCCUGAAUGAAUAAAUAAUAUGUUUUAAUUUGUUUAUUUGGAAGUGAUUUUAUUAUUAACAGUUUGUUGACUCUAUCAAACAAGGAGCCUGUUGUGUUGAUUUGGGUUUGAUUUCUAGUGUUCAGUCAAAUAGCCUUUGUAGUUUUUCAAUGGAUCAAAUCUCUUAGCAGUGAUAUAUUCAAUAUAUUUUUUAUUUUGAUUGAAUAAAGAAUAUCUAGCAAAUUAACAGAUAUA